AGGCUGAAGAAGGUGUCAAGAUCUACAUUGUCGUGUACAAGGAGGUGAACGUUGCCAUGACGCUGGAUAGUAGACACACCAAGGACUGGCUGCAAAAUCUGCAUGAAAACAUUGUCGUUCAAAGACACCCCGACCAUGCUAUCGGAGGAACGUUCUUCUGGAGUCAUCAUGAAAAAUUCGUUGUUGUUGAUCAAAGAAUUGCGUUCUUGGGUGGUAUUGACUUGUGCUUCGGUCGAUGGGACACCCACGACCAUCAGCUUGCUGAUUUCCAAGGUCCGGAAGCAGGCUUAAAUAUGUUCCCAGGCCAGGACUAUAGUGAUGCAAGAGUCUGCGAUUUCAAGGAUGUUCAAAACCAUGAUAUGAUGCUUAUCGAUAAAACAAUCAUGCCUCGUAUGCCAUGGCACGACAUAUCGCUUUGUAUGCUGGGUGGCCCUGUCUUGGAUGUCUGCCGUCAUUUCUGUGAGCGAUGGAACUAUGUCAAGCACGAGAAGGCUGAAGAUAAGGAAAAGGUGCCUUUCAUCCAACCUCCACUUGGUGGAUUGAGUCAGCGCCAGCACUUUAGAAUUGGCGAUGACAAUCAGCCCAACCGUCAUCUUCAUCGCUUCGAGCCAGGAACGCGUGGCAUUCAUGGCACAUGUCGAGCUCAAGUUCUUCGAAGCAUUGGUGAAUGGAGUCUAGGUCUUGACACUGAGCACUCGAUCCAAAACGCAUACAUGAGCACAAUCUAUGAGGCCAAACACUACGUUUAUAUCGAAAACCAAUUCUUUAUCACUGCUACUGAAGAAGAUCCUGAGAGCAUUCUAAAGAACCAGAUUGGCCAGGCUAUCUUUAAGCGAAUCGUCCGUGCCCAUGAAGAGCGCGACGAGGAUUUCAAAAUCUUUGUAUUGAUGCCCCUCAUGCCUGCUUUCCCAGCCGAUCUGGCGACUAAAGAAGCUGCUAAUGCACGCUUGAUUAUGUAUUACCAAUACAUUUCCAUCUGCCGCGACAGCAAGAGCAUUGUGCAAAAACUCAAGGCAGCAGGCAUUGAUCCUGACAAGUACAUCCGUUUCUUCAGUCUUCGCAGUUAUGACCGUAUCAACCGUCGCAAGAUGGAGGAAAUGCUCGUCCGAGCUGCCGGUUAUACCUCGGACGUUGUGGUCCCACUGGAAGAACAAGUCGAACAAACCGCCGUUUCAGGUGGCAAUGCCAAGAUCAAGUGGUCUGCUGAAGUAUAUGAUGCCGAUGCUUGUAUUGCCCGCGAUUCGAUUGCUAGCUAUGCUAUGAAGGAUGGCGGUAACCUUGCAGACGAGCCGUGGGUGACAGAUACCAAAGACUCGCAGCCACGCGACGCUGCUGCUGAGCAAGAGGAGCGUGAUAGCUACGUUUCCGAGGAAUCAUAUAUCCAUGCGAAAUUGUUGAUCGCCGACGACCGUGUGGUUAUCAUGGGUUCUGCCAAUCUCAACGACCGCUCGCAAUGCGGUGAUCGAGACUCUGAGAUUGCAUUGCUGGUGGAAGAUCAAGAAACUAUUCCGUCGCGUAUGAAUGGUCGCUACUAUGAAGCCUCCAAGUUUGCUGCUACGUUGCGUCGUCAAUUGUGGAGAGAACACUUGGGCUUGCUGCCAUCACAGGCUCUGGAUCAGGUGAGCGACGCCAUGCUCCCGUUGCCAACUCCACAGUUAGAUAUGACGGGUACCGAGGAGGAUAAUCUGGUCAUGGACCCGUGCCACCCCGACACGGUCAAUCUAUGGUGCAACACAGCUGCCACGAAUACUGCCGCAUUCCGAAACGUGUUCCAUUGUGUGCCUGACGAUAACGUGACCAACUGGGAACAAUACCACAGCUUCUACCCGGAUCAAGGCAAGAUUAAUAUUGGCCAUGUGUAUGACAACAACAUGCCGGUGUCGGUGAUUCGCGAGGAGCUGAGCAAGGUCCGCGGCCAUCUGGUGGAGUUCCCCUACAAGUUCCUUGAGGACAUUGACAUGAAGGGCGAAUCGAUCCCAUUUGUUACCGAUGCGGUGCAAGAGCUGUACACUUAAAGAAGGAAGGGAGGAGGAGCUGCUUAUAUAAGUUGCCGUGGUGAAGGACUAGAAGUACAGGAGAGAGAGUAAAAAAAGAUUAAAAAUAACACAAAGGGAAAAUGACGACAGCGUGCGUUGCAUUUCCAUUCCGGGAUUCCGAACGUUUUGACUCACACCGGGAAGUCUGCAAAAUCUUUUUCCGAUUUUCCCGGAAUUGCAAAAUAUAAUGGCAUUGAGCCCUGAGCGGGGGGGCUCCUUUCUUUCAAUCCAAGC